UGUGAAUUCUUUCCGAUCCAACAAACGACUAAGACGGACUUUUGCUUCGAUGGCGGCGCUCCUCUAUCUCCGGAGGCGGGCCGCGGCGGCGGCGCUCGCCGGCGUAGCGCCAAAGCCCCAAUGGCUGGCCACGGCAGCGAGGCGCGGUGCUCUAGUUAGCGGAGACGACGGUGGAGAGACAGGCGAGAGGGGCAAGAGCCCGUGGUUGCAGCUCCCGCCCUUCGCGCCGCUCGACGCCGCCGCCGCUGCGAGAGCCAUCUCUCGAGGAGGUGGCGAAGGAGGAGAUGGAGAACAGGGAGCUACCGCGAUCAAGUGGGUCCGUCGGUGCUGCCCCGACCUGCCGACCUCGCUGGUGCAGAAGCUGUUCCGUCUCCGCAAAGUUAAGAAGAACGUUGUUACUGCUGAGAUCUCAUCGGCUGAUGCUAGUGCUGAGCAACAUCGGUUGAGAAGGGUUUCAGCAAAAGAUCAAUUAAUGCCUGGUGAUAUCCUCUUUCUGCCUGUUAAUCUCAAAGAAUCUUCGGUUGCUGAGAAGACUAAGAAAUUUGAUAACAGGAAUGAGAUUAAUUUUCUGCGUGGCCUUGAGAUUUACAAGGAUGAAGCCAUCAUCGUGGUCAACAAACCCCCUGGAAUGCCGGUUCAGGGCGGUGUUGGCAUUAAAAACAGUAUAGAUGUAUUGGCCUCCAUGUUUGAAGAAAAUUCUUCUGAAGCACCUCGUUUGGUUCAUAGGCUUGAUAGAGAUUGUAGCGGCAUCCUUGUUCUGGGUAGAAAUCAACUUAGCACUUCAAUGUUGCAUGCAAUAUUUCGUGAGAAAACUGCUGAUGCUUUAGCUGAUGGUACUCAACAUGUACUGCAAAGAAAAUAUGUUGCUCUUGUAAUUGGAACACCUAGACAUCCCAAGGGUUUAUUGUCAGCUCCACUUGCAAAGAUUCUAUUACAAGAUGGUAAGUCUGAGCGUCUGACUAUUAGGGCCAGUUCAAAUGCUGCUUCUGUUCAGGAUGCUUUGACAGAGUACAGAGUGAUUGAAUCUUGCCCCCAAGGGUACACUUGGCUAGAACUAUUUCCUCGUACUGGAAGAAAGCAUCAGCUCCGAGUUCACUGUGCAGAGGUUCUUGGAACCCCAAUUGUUGGGGAUUACAAGUAUGGACGGCAAGCGCAUCAGAAGUGGAUGCCUCUUCCCCUGCCACGGACAAUUGAUGAGGAACUGCUCAGGAAAAGGAAGCUUCCCUUUGGGCUUGUUGUGGGUGGCGGAAGCAUCGCUGAGGAGCAACCUCAGCUUCAUCUACACUGCAAGCAAAUGGUUCUUCCUGAUGUCUCAGUGGCUCUUCAUAGGCUGCAGUCUUCAGACGUUAAUCCUGAUUUCUCAGAUCUUGAGAAGCUCAACUUUGUUGCUCCACUGCCGUUGCAUAUGCGGUUGAGUUGGGAGAUUUUGAAGUCUGUGAAGAUUUAAGAAAUUUUUUUAAAAAAAUUCUUGUCUCUCUCUCUCUCUGUAUGUUCUGCAUAUUUACCACAAUGUCUGCCUCUUCUUUUCAAGGUGGCUUUUUCUUUGUGGUAGCUACUAAUACCAUUCUCCUAGGAAAGAUUCAAAGAGAGGUCCUGCUUUACUACUCAUGUUUUUUUUUAGCGUAAUCAAGCCGUGAUUUUGAACACCAAGGUUGAGAUUUAGUUUCGUUGAGUUUGGAAAACCCAGGUAAAAUACCCAUGGUACUAUAACCUAUCCAUUUAUUGUUAAGCAUACAUGGAAUUCUCUUCUUUUUGG